AUGAUGGAUUUUGAUGAUGAUUUUGAUUUUAUGACUAAUGAUAUUAAAUGUGUACAACAUUCAACGAAUGAUUAUGAAAAAGAUAAUUUUGAUUUUCCAAUUUUUCAUUCUACUCCUUCAAUUUCUCGUUCAAAACAAGUAUUACGUCCAGUUGAUUAUCCAUCAGUAAAGCAAUAUUAUGGUAUUGUAACUUUUUCGGAUUAUAAAUUACCAAUUAUCUAUCGAUUAAUUAAUGAAACUCAUUAUAUUCCUUAUAUUCGUUUUUCUUAUGUUCUCAAUAUUUUUGAACAUCCUUCAUAUAAAGAAUUUUCAAUUGAUGUUCGAAAUUUACCUAUUAUUGAAAUGACAUCAAUAGAAAAGAUUUAUUAUGAUCAAUUAUCAUCAUUAACUAAUGAUACAGACUGGUCAAAUAACCAAUUAUUAAGUGUAUCAAUGCUUGAUGGUGUUUUAGCUAUUAUUAAUCUUACAGAAUAUUUUCAUUCGAAAAAUGAAUCAUCAUCUAUAGAACAAUAUCAAAAAUGGCGAGAAGCAAUGAAUACAGUACGUCAAGAAGCACAUGAUCGUUGGAUAUUAGAUGAGAAAACAAUUUUAAUUCGAUUAAAAGAAAAUAAAGAUGAUAAUAAAACAUGUAUAUCAUCAACAAGCAUUGCAAAACGUCGAGCAUUAAUUGAACAACGAUUAGAUCUUUCAAUUGUUGAUGAAGAAGGUGGUUUUGUGCAAAUUGAUUCUUAUAUCUAUCCAUAUGUUAAAAAUCAAUUAGAUAAUCAACUUUAUAUAAAUCUUAAUGAUAUUCGACAAACAAAUAUUCCACUUUCAUCAUAUAUGAUAUAUUAUAGUAAUCGAGAAUCCGCAAUAUAUCGUUCUUAUACUAUAGUUAUUGAGCAAGCUCAAUUAAAUUAUGAAUGGAAUAUAAUUCGUCAUGGUCAAAAUUUAUCUGAUGAUAAUAUACCAUUUAUUUCACUUCAAACUUUUCUUCAUCUUUUUUUAAAUAAAAAAUCAAAUAUAAAUAUUCAAUUUGUUCAAUUAUUUGAAACAUCAUCAUUAGAUGAAAUCGAAUUUAAUUAUAAGAAUAAUGUUGCACGACAAUUUAUUAUGAUAACAAAAAGACAAGGUGGAUUUAUUAAUGGUAAUAUACCUUGUUUAAUAUUUCCACAAUUAAACCAACCAAUAAUUUGGAUUCCAAGUGAAACAAAAACUCAAAGAAAAAUGACAAAUGAUGAAAGGCUCUAUUUAAAUAUAAUACUUCUUUAUUAUGGACUUUGGAAAAAACUAUUAACAAGAAAAAAGCAAUGUUAUUUAAAAGAAAUUGAUGGAAAUGAUAAAGAAAAUCUUAAUUUAGAAAUAUUAUUUAAUGUUUAA